UUAUGGAUGCUUUACCAAAUCAAGGGGACCUUUUAACCAUAGAUAGUAGAUCUACAUGUACAUAUCAUUGCCAUGAUUUAUAUGUUGUAGAGUCUACCCAAUUAUUCAAGUUGGUUGCAUCGUAUAGAUAUCGAACUCAACUAUUGGACUAUUCUACUGUAAACAACACAACAGCUAAACAUGGCUUCUCCUGAGUAUCAAGCGAUAACAGAGUGUCGAGAUCUUCUGGUGAGCACCAUUAGUCAAGACCCUCAGGGCAUAGCCGACAUGAUGGUGAAAAAGUUUCUCAUCUCCGAGAACCUGCGAGACGAGCUUGGUCUGCAGACGCUCACAAAGCGAGCUAAAGCACGUUUGGUUGUUGAUGCCAUGUCCGAUUUAGUGAAGCAGAACAGUGGGCAUUUUGAUAUACUUGUCAGUAUAUUCACAAGUGUUGGGUUGUGGACUGGAGAUCUUGUGACUUUGCUCAAAAAAGCAAGGAGGAAGUGUGAACAUGAAUCACAAAAAGAGACUGCAAUUGAAUCAAGUAGUGGAGGCUCAGAGUUUCCAGCUCUCACCCUGACUGUGUUGACCCGAGAGCUAUUCACGGUCACUGAACCUCAUUUGUUGGGGGUGGGGCUGGGCAUUGAGCAGCACAUCCUUGAGACGAUCGUCAAGAAUAACAAGUUCGACAUUGAGGGUCAGAAGAUGGCUCUAUUCUCGUACAUUGCCAACAACCACAAGAGAUUGAAUAUCACUUGGGACGAUAUUGCCUCUGUGCUCAGAGAUAUGCUCAACAAGGGCAACCUCGCUUUGGACAUCGAGAAAAAAAUAAAAAGCUCUCGCCGAGAUAGUCUUGAAGAUUUUCCGUGUUUUGCUUCGCCUGAUACCUAUGAUAAAAUGAUGGAAGCUGCUCUAGUUCCUGACCCGGACCAAGCUGACCAACUGCCACCUGCUCCUAAUGAGACUGAUGGAAGAGUUGGUGCAGUUCUUCACCCACCACAGAAUGAAGAGACUGAAACCUUAGGAGCGUCACCAGAGGAGCAUCCUAGCAAAAACCAACAUGCAAAACGAUGUAGCCGAGAAAAUUGAAGCAUUAGGACUAUGUGACCAGUAGAUCUAUUGAAAACAGAAUUGUUGCUUAAACAAGUUAUUAUAAUUAUUAUUAUUUAGUACUUUUUCACACAUCACUUUGUACAUGCAUGUAUUUUCCUUAAAAAUUAUUUGAGAUUUA